GAGGGCAUUUGCGAGCGUGGAUGGGAUGUGAUGAAGAAGGUCGACUUUCUCAGCCGACCUCAAAAGCGGCGCGUUUGUGGACGGCGAAGAGGUGGAUUGUUCAUCUCUACGCGGGAGCGGUUGGACAUUACCAGAUGUUCCAGCUUGAUGAGGGCGACACGGCGGUGAUUGAGUUGGACCUGGAGCGGAACAAGGCCCACGAUAUACAGAGAGACUCCACAUGGCGGAUGUUAAUGUGGGGAGCCUUGACGGGAAGAAUCGAAGCUGUGGUCGGUGGACCUCCAGGUCGCAGUGGACUUCCGCGUUGGGAUCAGAAGGCUACAAGGAAGGAUGUGAGGAACUUGGCCCUGGUUGCGCGGAUGUUGUGGCUCUACGCGGUCGCCGAGGCGGCAAGGACUACGAGCUCAGCGGUUCCCCUCAAUCGCCAAAGGCCGGUGGCUUUCAUGGUUGAGCACCCUGCGGAGGAGAACUGGGUUGAUGGUCAUACUUCAACAACGUCGCUUUGGACAACCCCCACCUGGAGGGCUUUCGCAGAGGAGAUGGGCAUGGCUUCGGUGACUUUUGAUCAAGGUGUUAUGGGAGCUACAACCACAAGUGUUACAACUCUAGGAACCAAUAUCUACUACUUGAUGGGCCUGGACGCCAUGCGGAAGGAGAGCGUAGACGAUGAAGCAUGCGCAAAGCCCGUGGCUAGUACCUGGUCAAGUGGACUUGUUGAUGCUGUGGCGCUAGCUCUGCAGCUUUGGAGACGUCAUCCAAAAGAAAUACCAAGGAUGGCUGCCCUAACAGCUGCACAGUGGAAGGAGCACGUAGCCUCGGGCCAUGCCAAGUAUCAUCGAGAGUGUCUGACGUGCGUUAUGUCCAGAGGGACGGGCCGAAGGCAUGCCAGAGUGAGGCACCCAGACAUGUUCACGUUGACCACGGAUGUUGCGGGACCCAUCAAACCCGGCCUAGAUGUGUCUUCGAAAGGAGCCCUCGGAAAAGGCCUUCGAUAUUUCCUAAUCGGGAAGUACACACUACCGCGGGAGUAUGUGAAGGCCUACUCCGGCAGAGAACCACCUCGUGAUGAUGGGAUGGGAAGGCCACAAGAAGCUAAGGCUACAGAUGGCGAGGAACUUUCUGGACCUUCUCUACUACCACCACGUGAUGAAGGGGAUGUGUGUGAGGAGGAGCCACAAGAAGCUAAAGCUACAGAUGGCGAGGAACUUGCUGGACCUUCUCUACUACCACCAGGUGAUGAAGGUGAUCCGUUUAUUCUGGAUGACGAUGAGUCAGGUGAGCAGGUUCCCAUGUUAGACACUGACGAUGAGCCGGGUGAGCAAGGUCAUAAGACUGAUGAAUUCGAAGACUACGAAGACAGUAUGUAUGAGCCGUCAGUCGUGGACACCGAGGAGGCCGGCGAGGGUGACCUAAGGGGUGUCGAGUCGCAGCGGUCAACUAUUCAAGAUUGUGAACCUCCUGAAGCUACAGUGCUACUGUUCGCGAAGCCGUUGAAAAACAACACCUCAGCUUCGGUUAAAGCAGCGCUGCAAGAUAUAGUUCUGUACCUCGAGACCCACAACUUGCCUGUCUAUCGGCAUCAUGCGGAUCAUGGAGAGACGUUCAGUCAUGGCAUUAGGUCCUGGUUCCGCGAGCAAGGAAUACGAGCCACCUGGUCGGAAGCAGGAGUACCACAAGGGAAUGGACGAGCGGAAUCCGCAGUCCGGUGGAUAAAGGACCGCGCUAGGACUUUGCUGGUCGGGGCUCGAAUGCCGACGAAGUUAUGGCCUACGGCAGUGGAAGCUGCAACGGCGACGCAGCGGGCAAGUGUCCUGGGGUGGAAGAGCAAAUUGAUGGCUCCUUAUGGUGCCCCUGUGCACAUCAAGCAGAAGGUGUUUGACUCAUCGGGACCACGUCGGCGUGAGCGGGCAUUCGAGUCUAGAUGGUUGAAAGGCUACUACAUGGGACUCAGCAACCUACUCGAUGACGGCCAUGUGAUCUAUGUCCCGGGCACCGAAGGCGGCAAGGAGAAAUUCAUUCACACGUUUCAUGUGCGGACCAAGCUGCAGGAUCCAGGACCACCUGAGCAAGAGCUACAACUUGGGGAUGAGCCUAGGCCCAGGCGAAAGAUCCCAAUCAAGACCCCCGCAGCAGAGGUCGAAAUGAGAGCGCUGAACUUCACCAGGGCGGACUUGGAGGAGUAUGCGAUCCAGCGAUCAAGGGCAUUGUUGGACCAGUGGAGCUAUGAGGAGGCGCUGCGGCUGGUGGACGAGCUGGCUGAGGCGAAGUUCUUUGAUGACAGGACCUUCGGCAUAUGGAGGCAUGGUGGAGCGGUCGGCUGGACAACAGCGUUCAAAGAGUUACCAGAAGUGGCGAAGGUCUUGGCCAAAUUGGUAGUGGAGGUGGACUCGGAGGCUACCUUCACGGCUAUUUGUGUCAUGAGGAAUACGCAACGAGGACAACAUCGCGAUAGCAAUAAUGAUGAGAAGGCUAACAACUAUCUUGUACCUGUACGGCUACCUCGUUCAGGAGGAGGCUUAUGGGUUGAACUCACUUCAGGGGAUCGAGUUUGCGGACAAGUUGUGGAACGGAGUGAUGAUAAGGGAACAAGGCGCUAUGGACAAGUGCUGACCUUUGAAAUGGGAAAGUGUACGACCUUCAGCCCCCGCAAACGACAUGAAGUUCUACCUUGGGAGGGCACACGCACGAUGAUGAUAGCCUACACGCCACAAGCCAUGGGGAAAAUAACCCAGGAUAUGGUUCAGCAGCUUGAAGAUCACGGCUAUGUACCUCCACUUUCUCAACUACCAGAGUAUUUUCUCUCAGAAGAACAUCGGGCGCCGAAGGUGCACCUGAUCGAUGUGGUUGAGGAGAAGAGUCGUGCGCCGGCAGUGAAUGUUAUCAACGCGGCCGAGGAGGAGGUAUAUCAGGAAGAUCUGACACCCAUCGCCAGCGACGUUCAGGAAUGGGAUAUGUUCCUAGAGGUUGAGGGUGGAAUGGUAAGAGUGACACCAGAAGCAAAGGCGCUUUUACAACCGAGAGUGGCAAAGGUGGAAGUGAACUAUACUCCUGAUAUCGAGGCUGUGAUCAAUGGCUUAAAGGGACCGCUUGAAGUUACCCACACGGUGGAUCCAAGGGAUGCAAUGGCUCACCUAUCUUUGUGGAAGGAUGCUAUAGUCAAGGAAAUGAACACCGUUGAGGUCGCUAUUGCAAGAUUGCAAGUUGGGACUCCCGAAAGGCGAGAAUGGCUACAGCAUCCUCGUGCUCAGCGGCUUCCUACAAAAAUGGUUUUUACGAUUAAGCCAAACCCCAAGGCGGAAUUGAGCGACAGGGCAACGUGGGUGAAAAGGAAGGUUCGCCUCGUGGUCUGCGGGAACUUCGCAGCUUCGGAAACUAUGUCACUAUAUACCGAAGCCGCUCCCUCAGAAGCGGUGCGAACUGGUCUAGUUAUAGCCAAGAGGGAGGGCUGGUCAGUGGGGAUCAUCGACAUAGUCGCCGCCUUCUUGAAGACGCCCAUAGGUAACGAUGUUGGCGAUCCAGUUAUAAUAGCAACUCCACCGAAGCUGUUACAGGAGCUGAACUUGAUCCAAGCUCACGAACUAUGGAGGCUGGUGCGAGCUCUCUACGGCCUUAGACAGUCUCCAGUCCUUUGGUCGCGGCACCGAGACAGGAGGAUGGAAGCUAUGAAACUACCAGCGGGAUUGGCGAUGACGCGAGGACGUACUAUCUCCAGUUGGUGGUCGGUCCGGGAUGCGCGAGGAAGGUUGUCGGCGGUGAUUCUCAUAUACGUUGACGACUACUUGAUCCUGGGACCCCGAAGGGUAAUUCAAAUGUUGACCGACAUGAUCCAGCAGGAGUGGGACACCUCAGACUUGAGCAUCCUCUCAGAAGAGAAUGCAGUGAAGUUUCUUGGGAUGGAACUAACAGUUCGGGGCGAGGAGUGGUACCUCAGCCAGCAGGGCUAUAUCGAGGAGCUCAUCCGCGCCUACGAGUUACAACCAGGAGACCAAAGCAGGAUUCCGAUAGCCAAGGACGACGCAGUCUAUGAGGUGUUACCUGAUGACCAGCCGCCCACCGAGCAGCUAAUUCACCAGGCACAGCACAUGACAGGGGAGCUACUAUGGCUGUCGCAGCGGUCGCGCCCCGACUUGAGUUUUGGAUGCUGUGUUUUGUCGUCGAUGUCUACCCGAACGCCAGCGAGAGUCGUUGCUAUGGCCUACAAGAUGCUCAAGUACAUCAACUACACCAGGACCUACCAGCUACGUAUAAAGUGGGCCGGGAACCACAUGUACCUCUACCCCGAUGCGGCGUUUGCGCCCGGCGCAGCAAGAAGCCAGACAGGGUGGGUAAUAACCUACGGGGGAACCCCCAUUCUGUGGCGGAGCUCACGUCAGUCUACAACGGCAUUGAGCUCCGCAGAGGCGGAACUAAAUGCCAUCCUGGAGGGGAGUGUUGCGAUGCUUGGGGUCGAGGCGAUGCUCAUGGAUAUGAAUGAGUUUGCGGAGGACAAGAUCGUAGGCUCAGACUCUUUGAGUGCGUUGUCUUUGUCGGCUGGAACGGGAAGCUGGAGGACGAGGCAUUUAAGAAUAAAGGCCGCAUGGCUUCAGGAGGCCAUCAGCAGCGAGAUCAUCAAGUCGAUACACGUGCCGGGGGUCCGGCAACCAGCGGACCUACUCACAAAGGCGCUCUCGGGAGAGCGUAUACGGGCUUUGUUGUCAAUCUGGGGCAUGGGUGAAUAUAAGAAAACAACCCAAGGAGGAGCGGGGACUACAUCUACGGCAGCAGCGAGGGCAUUUUAUGGCUAUGAUUUGCUGCAUUAUGAUGGUGACAGUUGA